GUAAUGGGUGACCACCAUUCAAUUGCACGAUUGCCCAGCGCUACCUUCGAUGCAACAAUCGAAAGUUUGCAACACUGACCGCUGUCUAAUCAUAUGCAAGUUCCGCUUCGAUUAUCGGAGAGAGUGCCUCGAUAUAUACUCAGCUCCAGGACCCGAACAACCAUGUCCAGCCACUGCUGAACGUUGACGAUAACCCGCCAUUAAACAGCCAAACGCCAGAAACGACGCCGUCACGAUUCCUCUCAUGCCCAGUAUUGCUUCGAAACAAAAUCGACCAGCCAUCCAAGAUCACUCUAUAUUACAAGUGCUAAGCUACGCAGCUCAUUCUCUCAAUACCACUUCACCGCACAAGGAUCAUCGGGAGCUAUACACUCUCUAGCCCGUUGAGACCACCAGAGGCUGAUACACUGUCAUCCCAACAAGACCCUCAAUAGACUCCUCACUGCCAUUUCCGAUGCCGUGGAGCCCAACCAUAACCGCAUUGCGAGCCCUCGCACUGCCCCUCUUCCUUGCUACAGCGUCAGCCAUAGCAAUGGAUCCGGACCAUAUCCCGCGCCAAGCAGAUUGCCUUACAAACUGCCGCAGUGCAACAACUCCAAACCAAAACACAAAUUUCUGCUCCGACGUGGCAUGGAUCAACACAUUCAACGCCUGUCUAUCCUGCGCCAUACCUGCCAAGAUAUCCGACACUUUCCGCGAACCUAUUCAAUAUUUAGCUUCGCGCUGCGGCUAUGAAGUCAAAUUCCCAUCUCCCGACGAAAACCAACAUCAAAACAUAGAAGGCAAACUUCGACCACUUCCUCUUCCCUCGAACUCGAACAGGAACACGAAUUUACCUCGAUCUGAUCACAAAUCUACUGGCCCUUCCGUCCCUGCCAUAGCCGGUGGAGUCAUUGGCGCGAUCCUCGCUCUCGCAGCUCUUUUCAUCCUGAUCCUUUACCUCGAUCGCAGGAGGAGAAAGAGACAACAAUCCGAACAAAGAGUGACUGAAGAGCACAUGAAAUGUGUUUCGGAGAUUUUUGGCUUCGCCAAUACUGGACCUGCUGGUGCUACGCCGACACGCGGUCCGCACUCGCGGAAUGUUUCUGAAACGUAUAGUGUCGGAGAUGGGAAAGAUUCUAUGACGAAGCAGAGGGAUAGUGUAGACUCUAUGGAAAAGGAACGAUCGCGUGCGUAGACGAUCUUGGGGCGAAGAACUUCGAAGCGAGGUAAUGGGUGGCGCAGAAGCAUAAAAAUGGGAUUGAUGAUUAUAACGAUUUCAUGAAAUGUGAAUGAAGCAGGGACGAUUGGCAUGCG